AUGCCAUAUCCGGAGAGCUCGGAUCACAAGUUGUUGAAGGACUUUGGCCACUACAAAUUGCUGUGUCUCGUGAGAGAUGCUCCAAAACCACAAGUAAAGCAGAACGACAGGGAUGCACAGGUGAUUCCUUCUUCUCCUCAGACUGUUAAAAGCACUACAAUGGAGCCGUUUGGCUUGAGAAGGACUCAGUCCCUGAGGACCCUGUCUGGGUCUCAGGAGAGGUCAUGGGUCAUGCCGGCUUCAACAAGCUGGAACAGAAAGUCUGUCUCUCAGUUGGUUCAGCAUUACCAAAGUUGUGCCGACCUGAGAAGCUCUAAAAGAGCUGAGCAAAACCUCAAGGCCUCUGGAAGCUGUGUGGACGGUCGCCCACCGAGGCCGGACAGCGGGGGGCUCGCCCCGCUCUGGACAUCAGGAAGAAGCGGUACUCUGUCCAGGAGCCGCUCCAUGGACUUCCUCCCCCAGAAAGAGACCCCUGGCACCAGGGCUCUGUGCGCCCUGUUCGAGUCUAAGGCCGCCCUGCAGCAGGACUCCAGCAGCAGCCCUCAGCUCAGCACUGAGUCCACAGACGGCAGGAAAACGGGGAGAGAGCGCCCUCUGCAGGACAGGAGAGGCCACAACGCUCCCCCGAGGGACGCGCCAGUUCAGGUGAGCCCAAGCACUCAGGACUGUUUCCAAUCAGACCGUGCUAAAGAACACGACGACAAAUAUAGUCCAUCGUUAAACAAAGGGGACACUCUGACCAGACCGUCCAGAGACAGGAUAUCCACUUCCUCCACAGUGAGAGACCGAUCAGCUCUCUAUCUGUCAAGAGCGGCGGCCAUUGACUCCACAGGAGGCCCAAAACAGCCCGAAAUCAUCGGAACUCCAAGAACAAGAACUAAAAACAACAAGAUGGCUGAGGCAGCCAGCAAAAUCACAGUUUCACAACCGCCAUAUGAUGAGGACGACUUGCCCCUCCCUCCACCCCCCCCUGUACCACCAAGGCCCCUUGACUAUGAAGGAUCAGUGGCACUGACUAGCCUCCCUGUGCCGCCGCCUAAAGAAACCUUCUCCACGUUCUACCAGCAACGGCAGAAGAGUGAGCUGAAGAGGCUCUUCAAACACAUCCACCCCGACCUACGGGCCAGUCUGGAUGAUGCGGUGGAUGACGAGAUAUUGAAAGCCGUGCAGGCUGAGAGCUCUCAAGCCGGAGACGCAGCCUAUCAGUGUGAGGUGCAGUCCAUGAGGUGGAUCUUCGAGAACUGGACUCUGGACAAUAUUGGAGAUCCUCAUGGAACCAAAAAGCUGCUGGAUGAUGAGGAGUUACAGGGCGGAGAUGUCAGAAGCACCUCCUCCAUGUUUGAGCAGAUCGACAGCACCCAGUGCAGGUCUACUAAAAGACAGACCUCUGUCAGAGGGGAUGUGAGAACAUCCAUGUGGUUGUUUGAGACUCAGCCACUGGAUUCCCUCAAUAAGUCCAAGAGCGAGGAGGGGGAACUUGUCGAGGCAGUCCUUAAAGAACCUAUCCAGACGGGCGACGUCAGAGGGAAUCGGCUGCUGUUCGAGUCGAAGCCGCUGAGUGACUUGGGACGUUGUAACUCCAUUGAAGACUAUAGCUUCCUGAAAUUGAAAUCUGAGCUUCAGGAGCUAAAGGGAGAUGUCCAGACGACUGUGAAACUUUUCCAGACCGAACCCGGCUGUGCCAUCAGAGAUAAUAGCGGUAAUAUCCACGAGAUCAAAUCCAUAUGCAGGGAGGAAAUCAGCAUUGGCAAAACCAGCACUGCCCGAUGGCUUUUUGAAACUCAGCCUCUUGAUCUGAUUAAUAAGGGAAGUGAUGGAGUGAAAAUAAUACGUGGAAUAUCUCUUGAGGAGGGGCACGGAGGAGGCUUCGACAAAAAGAGGUGGAUGUUUGAAACUCAGUCAUUCGAUGCCAUUCAAGAGGCUCUGGGAGUAGACAGGUUUGAAGGAAGCGUGCCUGACUACACCGGAGAGGCAGAUGUCAUCAACAAAAGAAAGCUCUUUGAGACGCAACCGUUGGCAACUCUAAAAGGAGAUGCUGCGGAACAGUCUCCGGAAAAGGAGGCGAUAAUAGGGGGAGAUGUCAAGACUUCUCUGUGGCUGUUUGAAACUCAGCCAAUGGACGCGCUGAGUGAUAGCUGUGAAGUCGGGCGCCUGCAGAAAAUAACGCUCUCGUCCGAAGAACAAGGCGCAGUAAAGGGGAAAAAACAAAUAUUUGAGAGCAGCAUUAUUGACAAGACUAGCUUCUUCAAGGAGCAAGAGAUCGAAAAAGGGGACGUCAAGGGAUUCAAACAACUUUUUGAAACCAUUCCUUUGAGCAAAAUUGCUCAGUCUGAGGAGGCGAUUUCUGAAAAGAAGAUUACUGUGGAGGGUGGAAAUGUUAAAGCUAACAAAGAGAUGUUCGAGACAUCUCCUUUAUAUGCUAUUAAGGACAGCUCUGGAAGCCUCCAUGAGGUCACAACGGUCAGCCGAGAGGAGUCCAUCAAAGGAAAAGUAAAAAACUAUAAGUGGAUGUUUGAGACCAAGCCUUUAGAUCAGCUGGUAGAGAGAAACGUAAGUGUUGAGGUCAUCAAGGGAAUCACCAGACAGGAGGACAGCGCAGGUGAUGUCAAGAUGGCAAAAUGGCUUUUUGAAACCCAGACAAUAGACGGGAUCCAUGGCAAGUUUAAUCAGACAGAGCAAACUCCUUCUACGGAAGAAGAGCCCUGUAAAGGGGACGUCAAGACCUGUAAAUGGCUGUUUGAGACAAAACCAAUGGACAUCUUGUAUGACAAGUCAGAAAAACCAAAAGAUAAAGACUCCAUUGACAGCACCAAUGUUAAGUCCAUCACUUGGCUGUUUGAGUCCCAACCCUUGGAGAGCAUCAAAGAAUCUGAGCCCUACAAUUUGAAGCUAUGCAGCACCAUCCAGGAUCCUGUCAAAUCCGAAGUUGCCUUCCAAACUGUAAAACACCUCUUCGAAACAGAAACCUUGGAUCGAAUUCGAAAGAAUUCAGAUUCCAAACUAGAUCUGAGAUGCAUCAGUCAGGUUGACUUUCAGUCUGGAGAUGUCUCACGAGUCAAAGAACUCUUUGAGUCCCAAUCCCUCGACGAAAUAGGAUCCGAACUGGUGGCGACAUCUGGGGAGCAGAACCAGGACGACAACAUCGAAAAAGGCUCAGUGCAUAGGUUCACAUGGAUGUUUGAGAACUGUCCCAUGAACCAGAUCAACAAGGACUGUGCUGAUGCGAAUACGGAAGAAGUCGAAGUUCUCGAGAGCGGCGACGUGCAGAACAAGAAGUUCGUAUUUGAAACCUCCUCACUGGACAAGAUCCACGAGGAACCCCUGGAGGAGAGGCCGGCUUGUGUGGAGGAGCCUGUGAGCAACGUGGACGUGAAGUCGAGUACCAUGAUGUUCGAGUCCAUGCCGCUGUACGCCAUCAGAGACAAAGAGGGCCAGUUUCACGAGGUGACAACGGUCAAAAAGGAAGAAGUCAUGAGCGCUGACGUACGAGGAGCGAGGUGGAUGUUUGAGACAAAACCCCUCGAUGCAAUUAAGGAGGAGAACGAAGUGUACGUGAUCCGAGCUGUUACCCAAGAAGACGUCAAGAAAGGGGAUGUGAAAUCAGCCCGGUGGAAGUUUGAGACGCAGCCUCUGGACUCCUUCACCAGUCCAGAUGAGCCCUAUGUCAGGGUGACGGAGGACUUUGGAAGCAGUAGUGUGCAGCAGAGUAAAAAGAUGUUUGAGUCAGGCCAGUCAUGUGACAAGUUUGUCAGGAUGGUCAGCGUCACCGAUGUCCAGCGUGGAGACGUACGGACCUCCACCUGGCUCUUCGAGAAUCAGGCGAUGGACAGCCUGAGAGGGGAACCUCAGGAGCAGAGUCCCGUGAAAACAGUCCACAGGGAAGACAGCCAAAAGGGAGACGUGAAACGCUGCACGUGGCUGUUUGAGUCGCAGCAGCUGGACAAGAUCAAAGAGCACGAAGACACCUCAGUCCAAGGUGUUGAGGAGAUACCGAAAGCUGACGUGAAGUGCACAACUUGGCUCUUUGAGACCACUCCCCUGGACAAAAUCACUACGACCAGUGUGGCUGACACCCUGUUGCGCUUACAUGAAAUGGAUGUCAUUCACUCGAGUGGCAUUAUAAUAGAAGCAAUUGAGAGCAGGAGUGUCAAUAUGGCCAAAUAUCUGUAUGAAAACAAGGAGAGUGUGCAGAUCCAGAAAGAGGACUUGAUUAAGGGCAACAUCCGGAACAUCAUGCUGCAGCUCCUCCUCAAACCAACGCUCAAGCCUCAGGUUACUCUUCUGAGAGAAGCUGAAACGGGUAAACUUAACGCUACAGUAAUGGAACUUCCAGUGUUGGAGUCAGCCGCAAACAUCAGCAUAGAGAGCGAUCAAAGAAUACGAAACAUCGCCCAGACGAUUGAUGAGACGCUGAUUUAUGACGCGAACAUGAAAAAGGGAAUCGUAAUGCAGGAAACUGGGGAAGGACAGGCAGAAAUGUUGGUGUAUUCGCUUAUCAGCCACUGUGAAACCAAAACGGAGAGUCUUAUUACAGAGAAGGGGGAUGUUAAAUCUACUAUUGGAAAUCUCUUGGCCACAGCCAACAGUCAGAGGGCGUCAGCGUUUUGUAGAGUGGAUGAAAGCGAGAAGGGAAACGUGAACUUGUACAAAAGUUGCAUCGAGAAAGGAGAUCUGCAGUACUUGAAGAACCUUCAUGCCGAAGAUUCUGAAUGUGAAGCUGAUCUUGGCCUCGUGGCCAAAGAGCCGAUUGAAACGAUUGAGGGGGGUGUGAGGGAGGCAAAGAGAAGCCUCUGCCAGCAAAAGGAGCAGGUGGAGAGGACCAUUUGUGAUGUUUUGCCAGGGGAUGUGAGGAACACCAAAAGGGUCUUUUGUUCAGAUUGCGCCGCCAGUGUUGAUAGCUGUUUGCAGAAGGAAGAAAUAAUCCCUGGAGACAUCACAUCAACCAUGCAGCAACUCACUGUAAAGCCGCUUAUCUCUGUGGAGAAAGAAGAAAUUGUACCCGGUGACAUCAAGGCAACUCUGGAGUCAUUAGAACGCGCCAAGCAGCAAAGCAUGUGUGUGGAGCGGGAGAUCGUCAAACCUGGAACAAUCUAUGACAUGGACCUGUCAGCCCAGGAUCCUUUUGUAGAGGGAAACCAGUCUCAGAAAGAGGUUAUUGUAUCUGGGGACGUGAAAGCAGCUAAGAAGUCACUUGAAAUGGCCAAGCAGCAAAGCAUGCACAUGGAGCGGGAGGUCAUUAUCCCCGGAAAGAUAUACAACAUAAGCACCGGAAAGCUCUUCAACAGUGGCACAGUCAGCGUGUUCGUCCUCCUCCAGAUGCCAGCAAGCCAGGACUUAUCCAAAGUAACCUGUGAAGGACAACCAGCCAUCACAACACAGACUCCUACCCCCCGCCCUGUAGUAAAUGGAAAGUCUAAAUCAGCCGCUUCUGAAAGAGUUACUCCACCACCACCACCUGAAAAGAAUGAGAGAGCGAAGGAGCAGAAGCCGGCUUUACCGCCGAAGCCCCAGUGGAUGAAAUCUGUUGUUGUGGAAGGACCAAAUAUUUCACUAACCCCUGCUCCCAAAGUCAUCUCUCACCUGGAAGACAACAUGACAAAUGCAGUGCCUCCUCCAAAACGAAGCCCACAGAUUCCAGCACACUCAACAGAUAAACGACAAGAAAUGGCACCCUGUCAAAAAGCCAGUAAAGGGAGCUCCCGUCAAACACACUCAACCCGAACCAACGAAGGUGAAACCAAGCAGAAACAUGAAAUGGCACCCUCCACAGAGACAACAUCCGACCGCCUGGUACUAAAGUCCCACAGCAAAGAAACGGAAAUAGAGAGAAAUGUGAUCCAGAAAAUAAAUGCAGCUGAGGAGAUACAGAUGUGCAUGAAGAACCAUGCGGAGGACGGGAAACAGGAGAUGAACAUGAGUCUGCAGGCUGCGCUGCAGAACUUCGAAAGAAAGGACGGAGGGGUUUUGGACAGGGGAGCGCUGCGACCAAAGACGGUCAAAGUCAUCAACAGUACUGUUAGCGAGAACAGAGGAGCUGGCAAAACCGCUGAGGAACAACGCAAAUGCCAUCAAAACCCACCCAAGACCCAAACCUCACAGGCUUACGGUUCAGUGGAGAUGAGCCAGUCCCAGCAAAAAGCCCCCCAUCGGAAGGAAGAGGACCCUGGGGAUAAAGUGGUUAUGAGAGAGAAGAAAGGCAGGGAGACAGAGGAUGAAAGGCGACAAAGGCUGUCAGUCCACAAGGAUGAGAUCAUGAAAGGAAAUAUGAAUGCGGCCAUGGAAAUCUUUGAAAAUCUAAGGAAACGAGAGGAACUCAAAGGCGUCCUGUCUCAGGUGGAGGAGAUAGAGGGAGAGGCCUGCACGGUGGAUGACAGCCCCUCAAACACCUUAUAUGUAAAUGUCCCCUCUUGGAUGGUUAAACCAAGCAGAAAUGCCAAGCAAAGUAAAGUAGAGGAAAAGAAAGUCGAGGCAGAAGCUCAGGACGACGAUCUGGAAAGCAUCUCCUCAGUCGAGAUGGCGUUUGAAGAUCUGGAGAAGGCAAGCAAGGACAUCAUGAAGCUAAAGGAGCAGACAUUAUCUAAACUUCUCGACAUCGAGGAAACAAUAAAGAAAGCUCUCUAUUCUGUGUCCAAUCUAAAAUCUGAGGCUGACAUCGCAGGCUUGUCGGGACUGUUUGACGAGUCGCUGAAAUCCGAGCAAAAUCUUCUACCCGUCAAUAACAGGAAGAUCAGUAUUGUGUCGAGGAAAAACACAUCGGUGAGCGUGAAAGGAACGGCUGAUUCGGGUGGAAGCCUUCCCACCAAAGAAGGGCCCAAACAGGCCUGCAGCAAGCCACUUAUCCGGCAGUCUUCUCAGUCCUCCCCGUCGUUCAUCUCCAUCCACUCUGCGAGGAAGCCCUCCGAACAACCAAAGCCGGCCAUGUCAACGUUCAAACCCGACCACGUCAACCAAGACCCAAAACCCAAACCGGAGGCUUCUGAGGUCCCGAGAAAUGGCCUGGGCCCCCAGCGCAAGGUCAGCCACCUGGAGGUGAAGGCGGUGCCGGAGCCGGCGGCGGGAAUAAUCGGCACCAAGACCAUCAGCGAGACCUACGAGGAGAGCGACGGCUUCGGGAACGUCUUCGUGUCCUCCACCACCUCCACGUUUGUCACCAACCACUCCGGCAGUAAAGCGCCCGCCGUGUUUGAAGUGGUCGGCGGUCCGGCGGCAUACGAGGCCGCGGCGCCCCCUUCGCCGAGGAGACCGGGACAUCUCUUUGAAGACAAAGUUCGGCGCAGCUCCAACCAGGAAGGGACGGUCUUUGUAACGUUUUGUCAAUCUAAGGAAAAGCACUAGGAAGAGACGCCCCUCAUCCCCUGUGAUCGCAGUCCAUUAAACCAUUAAACCACAAUUAUUUCUUCUGUGUAUUUAUCCAACUGUGUUUUAAUUGAAUGUUGAUGUUAGGUCUGAACUGAUCUUAUGAGAAAAAUGUUAACUUUGAAUAGAAUUUAAAAAAACAUCUGUCUUAUAGAUUUUAUACUAUAAUCAUUGGAUAAAGUGUACCAGCUAAGCAUAUUGUUAACUUUGUAUGUUCUGUUACAUAAAAUGUCAAAUAAAUGACUGUUUUUAAAAAGUAUUCCCUCAGUUUGAAGCUCUCUGAUUGAUCACUCAAGCAUUCCAGGCUUACUCCGUCUCACUAAAUUAACAAAGAUUAAGUUUUUUCAUUUUGGGAAUGGAAAAAUUGUUUGUUCAUCUAAAACUGCAAUUUAGUACAGGUUAAACAAUAUAGCAAAACCAGUCAUUUUUUAAUCUUACGUUUUCUACAACAUUAAAAAAGUAUAUGUUAAAAGAUUCUGGAGUAGUUUUUUUCAUUUUACUUGCAGCCAAGA